ACAAUGUUUUCGGUUGGAUUAUUACUCGCCUGUUAUGUGGAGUGCUUAGCGACUUAACCUCUGAUAAAUCACAGUCCUUGAAAUAUUCACUGGAAAUACGAAGACACGUAAAAUUCUGGGCAACAUAACUGUGGAUGCAAAUGACUUGCUUACGUUAGUUUACAAAAAAAAAACUGUAAAGUAUGGGGCUCUGAACGCUCAAUUCGCACGUCAAUGUACUUUUUCUCCUGCUAAUUUCAUUAAUAUAUAUCAUAUCAAUUUACUCCUAUUUGAACGACUCUUAUUGACUUCAGACAAUAGCUGUAGCUUUGUUUGGAAUACCAAGAAAAUCGAUUUGAACUGCUCAGAAGCCGACCUCUCAGACUGAAACCACUGUGGAAGGAUCCCUCGCUCUCAGUGGGAUGUUAGUGGGCUGAGGGAGCAUGGUAAAGCACCAGCCACUGCAAGUCUACGAGCGGCAGCUGUGCUUGUCAUGUCUGACCGGGAUCUAUGGAUGUCGCUGGAAACGAUACCAGCGGUCACAUGACGAUAGCAGCAAGUGGGAGUGCGUGUGGUUCCUGAUCCUGACCUCCACCUUCUUGCUGCUCCUGGUCUGGUCCUACUUUUGGUGGGCUGCGCAGAAUGACUACGGCGAAUUUAACUGGGUCCUGUACAACCGGUCGGGGGAGUGGACCGAUGGGACCGUUCCCAUUCUCGCCACCACAGCCGCGGGGUUCACUUACGUGUCCUUCUUAAUGAUGUUAGCACUUUGUCACGUAGCAGUGGGACAGCAGCUGAAUCUGUACUGGCUCCACAAGAUUGGAGUGACAGCAGCGAUGAUGACCACCAUCACCGGUGUGAUCUCCAUCAACGAGCUGUGGGGGGAGGAGUGGGACAUCAUCGCGAUCUCCCUGCAGGCAACUGGUCCCUUCCUGCACUUAGGAGCCCUGGCCGCCAUUACGGCUCUGAGCUGGUUGAUGGCCGGUCAGGUCAUCCGCUUCGAGAAAACGAGGUUCCAGUUAGUCGUGCUCCUGGUCUACCUGAGUGUCCUCCUGGCUCUCUACCUGGCCCCCCUCACCAUCACCUCCCCGUGCCUCAUGGACCGGGCCAGUCUAAAACAACGGCCUAAUGUCAUUGGCCAUAGGGGAGCACCAAUGCUGGCUCCGGAAAACACCGUCAUGUCCUUCAACAAAGCCGUGCAGCACAAGGUCAACGGGCUGGAGGCCGACGUGACCGUCAGUCUGGACGGAGUGCCCUUCCUAAUGCGCGACCGCACGCUGAGGAGGACCACGGACGUGGCGAAGGUCUUCCCGGCCCGGCAGUUCAGCGACGCGUCGCUGUUCAACUGGACCGAGCUGCGCUCCCUCAACGCGGGGCAGUGGUUUCUGAAGGACGACCCCUACCGGACGGUCCAGUCCAUGUCCCAGAGGGACCUGAACCGGGCGGGGAACCAGACCGUGUGCAGCCUGCAGGAGCUGCUCCGCGUGGUGGUCCGGUCCAACCGCUCGGUCGUCUUCAACCUGCGCAGGCCGCCGCCAGAGCACCCGCGCCACGGGAGCUGGGUCAACGACACGCUGCAGGCGUUCCGCAGAUCCGGGAUACCCGAGGAGCAGGUGAUGUGGACCCCAGACUGGGGGCGCGAAAUGGUGGAGCGGGAGGCUCCAGGCUUCCAGCAGAUCUCCGCGGCCAAGCUGUCUGCGGAAGCUGCCCGGGAGCAAGGCCUCGUGGGGCUCCACCUGCACUACAGCCAGACCAGCGCGGUGGAAAUCGGGGAGCUCCUGGCGAACAACGUGAGCCUCAGUCUGUACACUGUGAACGAGCCGUGGCUCUACUCCGUCCUGUGGUGCAGCGGCGUGUCCUCCAUCUCCUCCGACGCCCCUCAAAUCCUUAAAAAGGUGCCUAACCCCAUCUGGCUCAUGAGUCCAGAGGAAUACUGCAUGGUCUGGAUAACUUCGGAUCUUGUUUCCUUCGCUAUUAUAAUAGGAAUAUUUGCAUUCCAAAAGUGGAGGCUGAGCGGCAUGCGCAGCUACAACCCCGAGCAGAUCAUGCUGAGCGCCGCCGCCGUCCGCAGCUCCAGCCGCGACGUCAGCCUCAUGAAGGAGAAGCUCAUCUUCUCAGAAAUAAACAAUGGCACCAGCAGCGCAGAGGAGCUGUCGCUGUACUCGGGGAAUGGAUACGACGGCUACACCAAUGAAGGCAUCGCCCACUGAUAUUGGAACUGGCACUGUAUCUCUGACUUUCUACCCACUAAAGAAAGAGACCAAGCUUUUUAAAAGUAAUGUUCCUUUCUUUCAGUGAUGUUUUUGUUUUGUUUUUUGUUUUGUUUUUUCACGACUGUUUUAAAGGAUACAGUCAAAACACCAAUGAAUGGGAAUAUAUUUUCUGAACUACUGUGGACUGAAGACUGAAGCUUCACCGGUUGUGUACAUUUUUGUAAAAACGGCUCUCAUUUCUGUUGUGUUUAGCAUGAAGAUAUUCCACAUAGAAUUUAAACAUGUGGUGGUCACCAAGAACAAGUUCCAACAAAGCCGACUUUCAAAGCAAGGAGGUGGAGGGGAAAUUUAUUUUUAAGGUUUCUGUUUCAGAUGGCAGCCAUUUUCCUCUACUGCCCCAAACUCUUGUGGGUAUUAAGGCCAGGCUAUAUACAUUUUCCCCAUUCAUUCUUUUCAGUAUCCUCGUAGAGUAAUGAACGCAGAGGCAAUCUGCUGUUACUUGGCUGCUGCGCUUCAGGGAAACAGUUUUGCUUCCAGCCUUGUCUUGUUAAAACACAUCUGAUAUGGUUUGCGGUAGGAAACCAUCCAACACCAAUUAGUACACUGUGUGUUUGUGAUAUAAAAGGUUUAUUUUUAAUCCAAGAGGAAGCACGUAUUGCAUAUGACAUAUUAUUAGAUUUUUAAAAACCAUGCACAUGGGGGAAACUAUAUCAAAGAGGGGUAAUCUUCUGCUGGGGGGGGGGGGGCUCAAUCCCAGUUAUCCUGUUCUAGUGUGUGGAUGGGCUCCACAGUCUGGUGUGGAAUCCGGACGGUGCCAGUGCUGUCCGUGGCCUGUGUGGCCCUGUGGGGCGACACACAAUCAGCCCCAGAGUCCCCUAGGGGAGGGGAAGGUUUCACCCAGCUGGGAUCAAAGCACCUCAUCACCCGAUAGCAACUCCUGCUGGUCGAUCCGGUGUUCACCUGAUGAGCUGGGCGUGAAGUUUCUAUCUCCGACUCGUGUCUGUCCGAGCCGGACUUGUGCACUGUAGUAUGGCAAGAAGCGAGAGCUGACAAGGAAUAUGGUUGUCUGCAUUCUGCCCAGUGAACAGAGUACGUUCUAGCAUUUGGGACAGGGGACUGGGAAUUCCAAACCGGGAGGUUGGGGUAAAUCUUGUUUAAAUGGAACUUCAUGUUAAAUUAAGGAUACAGCACUUUGUGCUUGAUUUUCCAGUGGCUGUAUUAAAGGCUUGGAACUCUAAAAACAUGAGGAUAUGGAUAUCUUGCUCAGGUAACGAGAACCCAUUAACUGAACCUGGUGAAAUUUGUGCGCUUUCUAAUAAUGUAUGUGAAGUAUGUGAAAUGAAACCAUUGGAACUCCCACCCUCCCUGUGCUAUGCUACGUGGUGUGGUGCUUAUAACUGUACAUUAUGGCCAUAGAAUGUGCAUCAGAUAUUGUGUUCUAUUGGAGAUGUGGUUUAAUUGCAAGCAGUAAUGUUGUUCUAGUCUUUGGGUAUUAAUUCAAUUUGUGCAUCCUCCACAGGAAAAUUCACUGCACUUGACUAUCAGAUUAUAAAAAAAGUCCAUUGCAUGUGUUCUGCUUAUGUCAUAUUUUAUUAAACAUGACAUUAAAUUUAUGGUUUGUAGAAAUAUAUGAACAGUGCUGAUGUAUGCAAUUUUUGAUUGAAGUAAGAAUAUGUUAUGCAGUAUGGUAUAAAAAUGGAGAAAACAAUGAAUCGGCUGAAUUGCACCCACAUUUAUUGUUAUCUUUCCAUAUUAGUUUGCCCCAAUCAGUGGACUACCUGGGGCUGCCUUAAUUUGUCAAUAUCCAGGUAAAGAACAACAGCAAUACUUUUGAGAGGUAGAAGUAGUAGUUUGAAGUAGAUGUCACAAAAAACGCUCUGGCAUUGAUUCAUGUUAAUAGGUCCUUAUUUGUAAAAGCAAAUUAAAAUGAAUUAUUUGAAUGAGAAAUUCAGCUACACGUGAAAUAAAUUUUAAAAAUUGCACAUAAAAUGCCUGGGCAUAUUUAAUAUUUCAAUCCAGGCCAUUAUGUUAACUUUUCCAAAAGAAAAUGGGGUCAUUCUGAUGUUCUUUCUUCUUUAAAACCAACUACCUUUCAGGCUGGUACACUGCCCAUACAAACAACUGUCUCCUCCCCCACAGGCUUCUCUUCCCUGUGUGUUGCUGGAAGGCAGUUUUAGCAGUUAGUAUUUGUUAUGUCUCCUUUCAUAUUAUAGGUUAAAGGCGUCUCUUGAAUUCAAUUUAACUGCUUCACAUGAGACCCAGGGAAGAGUGCAUCACCAUAGCAUCUUCAAUCGUGGCUACAGAGAACCUUUUAUACAAAGUAGCGUUUUUUUCUUCUUCUGUUGAAUGUGGUUGUAUGUCUCAUACAAUCUUUCUAUUGAAUCACUGAAUCUUAUUACAACUCUGUAAGCCUGCUAAAAAUGUACUACAUAUACUGUAUUUUGGUUGGGACAGAUUUUAGUAUUGUGUCCAAGAUGUGCUGGAAACAUCUUCAUUGUAUGAAAUGAGUGAAUGUGUUAUGUUAUCACUGCUGCUUUUGUCUGUUUUUUUUUAUUUUUUAUUAAUUUUUGUUACAUUGUAUUUUUUAUUCUGUGAAUGAAUAUUCUUAUCGAAUCAUCAGCUUUAGAUCAAUACCAGUCGACCAAUAGCAAGCUAUCAUUGGAGAGAGAUGUCCUGGAUGUCUUUUGAACAUUCAGUAAUUCAAAUUUCACUAAACGGGGCUCAUUAUUAUGUUCUUAUAAUUCAUUUAGAUACAGUGCAAUGCUAAUUUAUUUAACUCCCUCUAUCCCUACCCCACCCAAAUCUAAUAAAGCAAAAUUUCUUGACUCAC